GCUGUCACUCAGCGGGAAUCGGCUGGCUGCCCCUCUACAUUGCAAAAGGAGGCUGUUGCAGGAGCUCACAUGGGCGCCUGGCCAUGGAGAACUACACCUGGCGCGCCGAGCAGCCCCGAUCCGUCUCCUUCCUCCUCGCCAGCAAAUCGUGCCGCCGCCGCGACCACCACUACUCUUGGCGAGGCACCUUUUAGCCCCUGGGCGUCCUUCUCUUUGCAGCAGAGCAGCAGCAAAGUGGGGGGAUCUGUUCAUUCAUGUCAUGAAUUCGCUGUAGGUUGCCGUUUCACAGCCCCCCGCCGGGCAUGCAGCUCUCUGCCACCCUGGAAACGGGCUCCACUUCCCUUUCCAAAACAGGAGCAUAGGAUUUGCUCUGUCACUAGGGGUUGUUUGCAAAUCUCCGCUUUGCGGGAGAGGAUGCAUUCAAACAGCUUAGCGAGGCUGUGGCUUUUGCUUCUCUUUGAAACGCUGCUCAAGUGUGCACCUGUGGCCUAUGGGGGUCAAGCAGCUGCUGGGAGCCAAAAUCUCCUCCGUACCUCUUUGCACUCAGAGUUGUUCGAGUUCACCCACAACAGUGAAUAUGAUAUUGUGACAGCAUAUGAAGUAGACCAAAAUGGGGAUUAUGUAAGUCAUGGAGUUGCACACCAUGAAAGGAGGAAGAGAUCGACAUCAGAGGGAGGAACUGACUCGUUGCACCUCCGUUUCCAUGGAUUUGGCCAUGACUUCCAGCUUGACCUUAAAACUUCUGAUUUUCUUGUGGCACCUGGAUUUACAAUACAGACCUUGGGCAAGGGGAGAACCAAAUCAGUACACACAUACCCAGCAGAAGACUUCUGCUUUUAUCAAGGUGUCUUGCGACUGCACAAAAACUCAUCCGUAGCACUUUCAACAUGUGGAGGCUUGUCAGGCUUGAUAAGGACUCAGGAAGCUGAUUACUUGCUGAAACCACUACCUCCAAAUAUUGCACUUAAACACAACUUCUCUGCUGCUCAUGGUCACGGCUCUCAUGUACUGUAUAAGAGAUCGACUGAGCCUCAGCUGGCAUUUGAUAAUGAGGUAACUGUGAAUGAUGAGAGGCAAAGGGAAGUGGAUGCUCCCAACAGUGUUUUUCAAGAAGCCCAGCAUCAUCGCAAUUCCGAGCGGCGGCAAAAACGGCACUUUUGUGGAAGGCGUAAGAAAUAUAUGCCCCAGCCUCCAAGUGGAGACACCUUUAUCCUACCAGAUGAAUAUAAAUAUCUACUGCGAAACAAACGAUCUCUUCUGAAGGCUCACAAGAACAAAGAGCUAAAUGUUGAGACUUUAGUGGUGGUUGACAAAAAGAUGAUGCAAAACCAUGGCCAUGACAAUAUUACUACUUAUGUCCUGACUAUACUCAAUAUGGUUUCUGCUUUGUUCAGAGAUGGAACAAUUGGAGGCAAUAUUAAUAUUGCAGUUGUUGGCUUGAUACUUUUGGAAGAAGACCAGCCUGGGCUCGUGAUCAAUCACCAUGCUGACCAUACCCUGAGUAGUUUUUGUCAGUGGCAGUCUGGGCUGAUGGGAAAGGAUGGCAGCCGCCAUGACCAUGCAAUUUUACUUACGGGCCUAGAUAUAUGCUCCUGGAAGAAUGAGCCAUGUGAUACAUUGGGAUUUGCUCCAAUAAGUGGAAUGUGCAGUAAAUAUCGCAGCUGUACCGUUAAUGAAGAUACUGGACUUGGACUGGCUUUUACUAUUGCUCAUGAGUCUGGACAUAACUUUGGCAUGAUCCAUGAUGGAGAAGGAAAUAUUUGCAAAAAGUCUGAAGGUAACAUCAUGUCACCUACACUGGCAGGACAUAAUGGAGUAUUCUCCUGGUCAGCCUGUAGCCGUCAGUACCUCUACAAAUUUCUAAGCUCUGCUCAGUCCUCGUGUCUUGCUGAUCAGCCUAAACCUGUGCAUGAAUACAAGUAUCCAGAGAAGCUUCCAGGAGAGUUGUAUGAUGCCGCCACUCAGUGCAAGUGGCAGUUUGGAGAGAAAGCCAAGCUGUGCAUGAUGGACUUCAAAAAGGACAUUUGCAAAGCAUUAUGGUGCCAUCGGGUUGGCAGGAAAUGUGAAACUAAAUUUAUGCCAGCUGCUGAAGGUACAACAUGUGGAUACGGCAUGUGGUGCCGCGGUGGCCAGUGUGUGAAGUAUGGUGAUGAAGGGCCCAAGCCAACCCAUGGGCAAUGGUCAGAGUGGUCCAGGUGGUCAUCGUGUUCCAGAACCUGUGGAGGAGGCAUAUCUCACCGAGAGCGAAACUGUACUAAUCCAAGACCAUCCCACGGAGGAAAGUUCUGUGAAGGUUCCUCUCGGAUGUUGAAACUCUGUAACAAUCAGAAGUGCCCAAAGAACAGCGUUAGCUUCAGAGCUGCCCAGUGUGCAGAAUUCAACAGCAAGCGGUUCAGAGGAUGGAACUACAAGUGGAAGCCUUACACUCAAGUAGAAGAUCAAGACUUGUGCAAGCUAUACUGUAUUGCAGAAGGCUUUGAUUUUUUCUUUUCUCUUUCGAACAAAGUAAAAGAUGGGACACCCUGUUUGGAGGAUAGCCCUAAUAUUUGUAUAGAUGGGAUUUGUGAGGUGGUUGGCUGCGAUCAAGUCUUAGGCUCCAGUUCUGUGGAAGAUGCUUGUGGAGUGUGCAAAGGAGAUAAUUCAAGCUGUAGAAUUUAUAAGGGGCAAUACACAAAAUACCACCCUACAAAUCAAUACUACCCAUUAGUUACCAUCCCUGCUGGAGCACGCAGCAUUCGUGUGUUUGAAAUGAACACCUCCAACUCUUACAUUGCUGUUCGUGGUUCCAAUAAAAAAUACUACCUCAGUGGCUACUGGACUAUUGACUGGCCAGGGAGAUACAAGUUUGCUGGAUCUGUGUUUGACUAUCGAAGACCACACAACCAGCCGGAGACACUAAGUGCUUCUGGGCCUACAAAUGAAAGUGUGGUAAUAGAGCUUCUCUCUCAAGGCAAAAACCUAGGAAUUGGCUGGGAAUAUGCUCUUCCUAAGGCAGAAAGUGAAAAAACGACAGCACUGAAACCUAACUAUACAUGGGCCGUCACCCAAUCUGAAUGUUCAGUCUCGUGUGGCGGAGGUCAAAUGGUCACAAAAGCAAGCUGCUACCAAGACAUGCAAGUACAAGUGGAUACUUCGUUCUGUAACUCCAAGAGUCAACCAGCCACUGGAAUUGUUCCAUGCAAAAUGCUAGCUUGUCCUCCCAGUUGGUCUGUUGGUAACUGGAGUGAGUGUAGCUUGACUUGUGGGGCAGGGGAAAGGUACCGUUACGUUCGCUGCAUGCAGAGAAUUCAGUACAACCCAGAAUGGGUAUCAGACUCUCUUUGUCGAUUCCCUGCCCCAGUCAACAGGGAGCUCUGCAACACUCAAAACUGUCCACCUACCUGGAGUGCUGGGCCCUGGUCUGAGUGCUCUCGAACAUGUGGGAAAGGCUGGAGAAAACGAGUGGUAUUAUGUAAAAGUUCCAGUUCCACUCCCUGGGCUCACAUUCUGACCGAUGCUGCUUGUGCAUCAGAACUGAAACCAAAGAUGCAGGAAGCCUGUCUCUUGAAGCGAUGUCACAAACACAAGAAGUUACAGUGGUUUCUGUCCACAUGGACUGAGUGCUCUGUGACAUGUGGAAAAGGAGUACAGAGAAGGACACUGAACUGUGCAGAAAAAUAUGUUUCUGGAAAGUACAGAGAACUUGCUCCUAAGAAGUGUUCCCACCUACAGAAACCAAGCAUAGACCUGGAAAAAGUGUGCAUGUUAAAUUCAUGUCCCAGGCACUCUAUUUAUUCACCAGGAAAUCAGGGCAGCUGGUUUUCCUCUCCUUGGUCUCAGUGCACAACAACUUGUGGAGGAGGCAUGCAAGUCAGGUCAGUUCAGUGUCUAGCAAAUGGGAGGCCAGCCACUGGAUGUUUGCUGCACUGGAAGCCUAUUGCCUCGCAAGCUUGUAACACUAACUUCUGCCCUCUUCCUGAAAAGAAAGAUACCUUCUGUAAGGAUUACUUUAAUUGGUGCCACCUGGUUCCCCAGCAUGGUGUUUGUAAUCAUAGUUUCUAUGGGAAACAGUGCUGCAGGUCUUGUAUAAAUUCAAAUUUGUAAGUGGUUCUCCAACAUAUAAAGCAUAGCUUUUGAGUGCAAACUUUGCUGCGCCUUCUUACUCGGGACUGACCAGUAAACACACGAGUCUCGAGAGUGCAGUUUGCUCUGAAGCAUACUUUAAAUAUUCAGUGAGCCUGGGCAGAAAAUGUAGUCAAGAACUACUUGGAUGGUGAGGUGUCUUGAAUCUUUUUCAGUAUUCUGAUGUGACCCCCACUGCUGCUUUGGGUAGGUGUCCUGUUCUUGAGUGGAGGAGAGGGGCUCUUAAUGAGCAGGGAACAGUUUUCGAUGUUUGAAUAUUAUGGAGGGAGAGCUGAUCCUUGGGACGGUGGCAUCUUCUUUGGAGAAGAUGUUGAAGAGCUGCCUGGAGGAUGGACAUCUGAAGCCAGCAACAGAUAUAUGAGCUGAGCCUGAGAGAGGAUUUUUUUUUACCUCAGUUACCACUGCUAAAUAAGUACUUUGGCCACUAUCCACCAGGAAGUUCUCUGGUAUGAACCCCAUUAAAAUCCAUGGGAGCUAAGCAAGAGCCCUACUACUGCUGAGGAGCAUUUCCAUGGAGCUUAUUAUGCAGGAGAAAUUUCCACUGGAUUGUGCUGAGAUAUUUAUUGCAUUUUACCAGUGUUCUUCCACAGCUGUCAGCCAUUUCCAUGGGACCUCGUGUAGGAGAACUCCUCCGGAGGAUUGCGCUGAUCACCGGCAGCUUCGUGCCAAGCACUCUAGUGGCAAAAUGUAUAAACAGCCAAUUAAAAUGAAUACUGUAACUGGUUAUAUCAUUUGAAACAUACUUGAGGCAUGUUUGCCAAUGAAUAAACCUGAAUUGCUAUAGUUAGAUCUGUAGCUUUUAAUGAAGGGAGAAGAGAGAGACAAGCCUCGGGGUGCCCUUUCUCUCAACAUUUGCCAGAUAACAAGGGCCACAUUCACACUGUAUCUUUAUUCCACUAUUAUUACCCCGAAAACAGGCAUGGCUUCCCCCAAAAACCCUGGAAAGU